GGCCCGGGAUGGCGGCGGCAGCGGGGCCGGCGGCGGCGGCGGCGGCGGCUCCUCGGGCCACGGCCCUGACACCAGCGGGAGGAGCCAGGAAAGCGCCGUGAGAUGGGCCGGCUACUAAGUCAGUCGGGAGGAGACUGCUUCAUAUUACAGUUGCCCAGAAGCAUUGAUGGAAGCUCAGCAGAUGUGGGUGCCCCAGUCAGCAGUGGAAGGGGGUACAAGGAAAUCACAGAGAAGUCUGUUCUGAUGUCCCCAGAAGCAAGCCGACCCCCUCCGGGCUCUGGGAAUACUACAAAGCAAUAUGAAACCUGUUCAUGAGAGGAGUCAGGAAUGCCUUCCACCAAAGAAAAGAGACCUCCCUGUGACCAACGAGGAGAUGGGGAGGACCACCAGCUGCUCCACUAACCACACACCUUCUAGCGAUGCUUCUGAUUGGUGUCGGGGGGUGGUGGUGACUGGGCAGACCCAGGCCGGAGUAAGACAGAGCGUCGGCAGUGAUGGUGUGGAGGCCCUCGCUGGUCUGACUGUGGACCAGUAUGGUAUGCUGUACAAGGUGGCUGUACCACCAGCCACAUUUUCCCCAACUGGCCUCCAUCCCGUGGUGAACAUGAGCCCCCUGCCCUCUGCCUUUAAUGUAGCAUCAUCACUGAUUCAGCAUCCAGGAAUCCACUAUCCCCCCAUCCAUUAUGCUCAGCUUCCCCCCACUUCUCUGCAGUUUAUCGGAUCUCCUUACACUAUGCCCUAUGCCAUGCCACCCAAUUUCCUCCCUGGUCCUCUGCUCUCACCUUCUGCCAACCUCACGACCUCUCACGUCCCUCAUUUUGUGCCAUAUGCCUCGCUCCUGGCGGAAGGGGCUACCCCUCCCCCCCAGCCCACAUCUCCAGCCCACACGUUCAGCAAAGUCCCUGCUGCCACUUCCCCCCCGGCUCAGCUGCAGCAUCACUCAGGCACUCAGCCAGUGGACCUCACUCCAGGCCGAGUGCCCAUUUACUACCAGAUGUCUCGGCUCCCCGCUGGCUAUACGACGCAUGAACUCCCUCCAUCCGGAGUAAGCCCCGAUUCAGUCCCUGCACUACAUGAGGUCCAGCCUGUUCUGGAUGUGACUACUCCCAACGGCGGGCAGAGACACAUGGAACGGAGCGCAGCGAGACGGGAAAGUGAAGGCACGGACCCUCUCGGCAGCAAGGACGACGGCCAGGGACCAGGCACGGUGGUGGAAUGUGUGGUCGACGGGCACUUGUUUUCAGGUUCUCAGACUCCACGGAUGGAGGUGGUGGUGCCGGCACACCGAGGGACUCCGGAGACCGACCUCGAGGUGCAGAGAGUGGUCGGAACCUUAGUGUCUCAGGACUAUCGAGUGGGGGCAGCUCAGAGGCAAGACGAGCCCAGUCCCCUCAAUUUAUCCCAUCAUGCCCCCGACCAUCAGGAGGGCAGAGGCUUGGCUAGGAAUCCAGUGGAAAUGGCAGAGAAAAAUCAGGCCCCGGCCCUCUACACUCAGUCUCCUCAAGAGCUGGCAAAGCAUAGACCUUUACCCAAAGCGAUGGUUAUAGCCAAUGGCAAUUUGGUGCCCGUGGGCACUGAGCAGGGCCUGCUGUCUGUGGGGUCAGAGAUCCUGGUGACGUCGAGUCUGGAUAUGCAGGUGCGAGCCCCCUUCCCCAACAAGGAGCCGAGCCCGCCACCUAGCACUUCUUCCCACUUGCCCUCUCACUUUAUGAAAGGGGCCAUCAUCCAGUUGGCCACAGGAGAGCUGAAGCGGGUCGAGGAUCUGCAGACCCAAGACUUUGUGCGCAGUGCAGAGGUGAGCGGAGGGCUGAAGAUCGACUCCAGCACCGUGGUGGAUAUUCAGGAGAGCCAGUGGCCUGGCUUUGUCAUGCUGCAUUUUGUGGUUGGGGAGCAACAGAGCAAAGUAAGCAUCGAUGUGCCCCCCGAGCACCCUUUCUUUGUGUAUGGCCAGGGAUGGUCCUCCUGCAGCCCGGGGCGGACAGCGCAGCUCUUCUCUCUGCCUUGCCACCGGCUGCAGGUGGGAGAUGUCUGCAUCUCUAUCAGUUUACAGAGCUUGAACAGUAACUCGGUUUCUCAGGCUGGCUUCCCUCCCCCAGACCAGUUGGGUCCCUCCCAAGAGAGGCCUGAGAGGACAGUCUUGGGAUCCAGAGAGCCAUCUGACAGUGACAGAAAGAGCCAGCCUUCAGGAGAGGGGGCCUUGGCCCCGAGCUCCCACCCGGUGGAGCCCUCCCAGCCUGAGCCUGGAGCUCAGUCCUGCUGGCCAGCCACGGGCUUCCAAAGAUACAGUCUGCAGGGAGAGGAAGCACGGGCCACUCUGCUCCGUCCCUCUUUCAUUCCACAGGAGGUGAAACUCUCCAUUGAAGGGCGUUCUAAUGCAGGAAAAUGAACUUUCUCCCUCCCAUGCCAGGACGGGAGUUUUAGUCCAGAGCUGAGUCUCACCGUGAGCAGGUGGAGAAUUUGCACACGCUGAGGCAUUAAUCCACUCUCUUAGCCAAGGGAAUUUGGGGAGGGAGGAGAGAGACAUCAGCCUCAUGCAGCCCUUGGCAUUCUUCUGGGAUGGCUCCGGAAAAUGCUUGGGUUGGGAAGGGAGGGUGGGGAGAGGGCAGAGGUGCCAGUCUAGGUGAGAAUCGGAGUAUCCUAAGCCCCGGCGCCUCCUCUGCCCUUGCCCACUCCUUGCACUAGAGAGGUCUGAGCAUCAGGAGCCCGGGGGUGGUGGGGGGGGCAGAGGGAGGGCCACAAAGUAAGAGCCAAAAACUAUGAUCCACACACAGCUUAGAGUAGCAGCAGUUAAACUGUCUGGAGUUUUUUCUUUUCUCUUUUGGGGGUGGGGACAGGGGAGACCCCCCUCUUUGGAAUAAGAGGCUCCUACCCCAGAGCCCUUCAUUUGAGAGAUGUGCACUUUAAAGGGUAAUUUUGUUACAGAUGGUCAUCUUUGGGUUUGUGGGCAAGGAACACUGUCUCCUCUACAGGCUUGUAUUUAGACCUCAUCAUCUUCCUCCUCCCCCAUCUGUUUUCACUGUCCUAUUUCACAAGGCAUGCAGCAACAUUCAGGGCUGGAGAGAAAUUUAACCACCUCUAGGAUUAAGAAGGAAGGGACUGUUAAGAAUCCAGACUGGCAGAGAGCUGGCAGCUGGAGGACAUUAGAGGAAAGAGUUUUUUAGGGAAGUAGAUGGAGCUUAUGGGUAUCCACGGAUCUCAAAGUCCAACCUGCUUAGAUCAUUUAUGACUAGUUCAAAGUCAUCUGAAUUCCUGAAUCAGAAAUGGAGAGUCCUUGAAACAUUCGUAUAUCAGUGCUUUGCUUAGACGCCUGCAUUCCCUCUCCUUUCUCUGCAAAUGUGCCCAAGUGCCUGUACUUCCCCAUCUCUGUACUAUCUUUGGGCAGAGUUUUUCCAUUUGGGCCUCUUCCUGACUUCACUGGUUUCAUCUUAAAACUUUUAUCCAUCACUACUAAGCCCGCUAAUUUUCUAGGGACUCUGAAUUUCCCCUCUGAUGAUCUUUGACUUUUCUUUCCAUUUCCAAAAUCCCCUGGGACUCUGUGGGCAUGGUGGCCCUUUCUGCUGCUGAGCAGCCAGCUAGAUCCCAUCCCCCUGAUGGGUGCCAGGACUCUCUGGCAUCUGUCAUGACCCCACUCUCAUCUCACAGUCAGGCUUCCUCUCACCAUCCACCACGCUAAUGAAGAAGGGCUUUAAGGUUGGGGAUGAUUGUCUUAUAUGUACAUACAUAUUAUAUGUACAUGUAUGGAAUAUGUACAUAUUCCAAUACCUAAUGUCUUCUGGCCUCGGUUGUGGCCAGUUUCUCAUGGAAAGGCAUUUUUAAAAUGCAGAUAUUCUUGCUUGGCCUCCUCCCAAUGUGGAAGCCCCAAGUUGCUAUACCCACAACUUUUAGCUUCAGCCAGGCUCUUUAAGAGCUGCUGGAAGGUGGAUGAGUUUAUUUUAGUUUAUUCAAGGUAACUCAGGGCAGUGUCACCUAACUCUGCUUUGGCUUCUCCCUGGUUACAGAUUCUGGUUCUGACCAGGAGGUAGCAUGUAUUUUGUGGAAAUGGCUCGGCUCAGGAUUGAAUCCAUGAAUUCCCAAGGGCUGACCUCAGUUUUUUUGCUUAGUGGCAUUAGCAAAUGCUAUGACCUCUCUGUCUCACUUUCUCCCCAACAGCCAGAUGGGGAUGAAUAUUACCUACCUCCCAGGGGACGUUCUGACAAUGGCCAGCCAGAGAGAACACAGGAGAGUGGAGUGACCGAAGCCUUGAUGUGUUGUCCGCCAGUCGUAUACUCCAGAGUUUCCUUUUGGGGGGUAGCUCUCUGGUCACUUUGGAAAGCCCCAUCUGCUGGACUGGAGCCCAGUCCCUUGAGUUGCUAGCUGUAAUAAGAACCAAACGUUAACUGUGUCUGGUGAACACUGAACCUUGGUACUGCAUUUGAGAUCUCUGCCUGCCUCCUUUCAGUCCCCCCCCCCCCCCCCCCCCCCCC